UUCACAUGGUAGGCCAAGCAUUUUGUUGUGGAUAUUCAACACGGGCAGCAGUACACACAGAUUUUACAGAUGCACAUGAAUCAAUAGCAUCCUUUCUUUCUUUCUUUGAGCCUAAAAGUCUAAAACUAAAGUCUAUAUGCUCACUCCUAAAUCCUACUUCCUUAGUAACAAAACAAUGCACUAUACUAAUAAAAUAUUGCUGAUUUGCUGUCUAAUAAUAACAGGUCUCUUCUUUUUAGGAAGAAAAAGAAAAUAGUUGUUUGAAAGUAAUAAUAACAAUUCCACCAAAAAGGAAAAGAAUGUCCUCAAUUAACAUCAUGUAUAUGAAUGACCAAAGAAGAGAGAAGCCAUAACAAAUAUACUUUGCAAAAACACUUCAAUAAUGUCACCAGUUCUUCUCCUAUUCAGCAUUCAUAUAUUGUUGGUUCAGAAGGGCUCUUCUGCAACACCAACAUGCCAAACCACAUGUGGCACAAUACCAAUAAGAUACCCUUUUGGCACUGCCUAUGGUUGUGGCCACCCUGCAUUCUCUAAGCACAUGAAAUGCAAUCUUGGAACUCUUGAAUACUACUCAUCAACAAGAACCACCACCAGCAAUAAUAAUGCCUACACAGUUUCCUCAAUAGACUAUGCAAGUAGCACAGUUAUAAUCAUAGACCCUUUGAUGUCAAAUUGCACUGAGAUGCAAAACUCUGGUAGCUUUACCUUAGGUGAUGACACACCAUUCACAUUGGCCAAGGAGAACAUCUUUGUCCUCCUUGGCUGCUCCACCACCUCUCCAAUGUUCGAUUCGAGGGAAGACUUCUGCGACACAGGAUCCGGCUCCCGGGUUUGUAGAGGGAUGUAUUCAUGCAGAGGAGUGACAGGGAUUGGGCUGCCACAGAAUGCACCAAUAUCAACAUGUUGUGUAUAUGACUACCCUACUGGAAUUGGGUUGGGAUACAGUUUGGACCUUCCAAAGCUUCAAUGCUCUUCUUAUGCUUCUGUUUAUGAGUUUGGAGAUGAAGGGGACCCCAUGAAGUGGAAGUUUGGGGUAUCAUUGAAUUAUAAUGAUUCUUAUAAUUAUAGUGAUGCCUGUAAAGAUUGUGAAGCAAGUGGAGGCUUUUGUGGGUUUGCUAGUUUGGAUGAAUCAUUCUCUUGUGUUUGCAACAAUGGUGUUAACACCACCACCAAUUGUUUUGGACAAGGAAAUGCUUUAAGUGGGACAAGGGGACUGAAAAUUCAAACCGUGUUGACUAUUGGAGAAUGUAUAUGGAAUAAUUUGCAUACACCAUAUAACUAUAGAUGUAUGGGAAUAUGCACUCUUCUUAAUUAUCUUGUGUUCACUGAAGUUAUUAAUUGGUGUGGCUGGAUGAUGUUUCUGCAGGACUUGUAAUGUCUUGGAUGUUUUUACUCAUCCAAUGCAGAUAGUGACAAAACAAAUAAAGGGCUAGGGAAUGAAGAAGAAACAUGUCUUACCAUUUUAAUUAGUGCUUCAUUUUGUUUAUUUGACUCUAAAGCACAGAUAGGGCCAAAUAUAUGUAAUUUAUAUCAAAUUGAAAUGGCAAGCAAGCAUCUGUUUUUAAUUCAUAGUUGUUGGAUUGAAUAGAAUAUUUUAACUAGGAAUGCUA